UGGGCUGACCAACCCACUUUCUCUCCAUUUCUCCUGAGGGAAAGAUCUCUUUCUGAUCGAAGUCCAGACCUCCAAUCCAGAGUAAAAAAAAUGGGCAACAUGGCAACAGAGAUCAGUGCUUUUCUUUUAACCAUCUCUGGGUGGAUCUUGGUGUCGUCCACAGUGCCCACAGACUACUGGAAGGUGUCAUCCGUGGAUGGGACGGUUAUCACCACAGCAACCUUCUGGUCGAAUCUGUGGAAAACAUGCGUGACUGAUUCCACAGGAGUGUCCAACUGCAAAGACUUUCCAUCGAUGCUGGCUCUGGAUGCUUAUAUUCAGGUGUGUCGGGGUUUGAUGAUUGCUGCCGUAUGCCUGGGUUUCUUUGGCGCCACUUUGGCUUUACUGGGAAUGAAGUGCACAAAAAUAGGGGGCUCGGACACUACCAAGUCUCGUCUGACUGUCCUGUCGGGCUUCCACUUCCUUCUCAGUGGCAUCUGCUGCAUGACUGCAUGUUCCAUAUAUGCACGUAGGAUCACAACAGAUUUCUUUGACCCCCUCUUUGUCAAACAGAAGUUUGAACUGGGAGCAGCUCUCUUCAUUGGCUGGGUUGGAUCCGUGCUUUGUAUUUUAGGUGGACUUGUGUUCUGUCUCUCCGCUUCUGAAAGCUUCAGCCUAAAAGGCAAGUACUGUUACACUGGAGCACCGUCAUUUGGGACAAAACACAGCCAACACAACAGGACAGCCAACAGUCUGCAAACAGAACCACGGGAGCCGAGGAGACCGCUACAAAGAAAUGCCUAUGUGUGAAACAAACUGGACUCUUAUUUUGCUUCUUUGGUUAAUGUUAACUACAUAGAUUUUCAAAUUUUUAGCAGAAAACAUUUUAAUGAUAGAAGCCAAUAUGAUAAACAUGUUGUGCAGUGCUGUGAAAAAGUGUUCCUCCUUUACAGAUGUCUUCUGUGUUUGCUUAUUUGUCAUAGUUAAAAGUUAAAAUUAAAAAAACACAUUUAAAUAUCAGACAAGGAUAAUUAGAAUAAAUACUAAAAAGAGUUUGUCAAAUGACGAUUUCCUUUGUUGAGAGAAAACAACCUAUCCAAGCCCACCUGGCGUGUAAAUGUAAUCACCCCUCCUUGUUUAAUUUUAAAUUAACUGUGAUGAACCACAUUUUUUGGACAGCUAAGCUCAGCUUUUCUAGCCACACCCAGGCGUGAUUACUGUCAGAUCAACAAAUCACUUAAACAGAACCUGUCUGACAACAUGAGGUACUCAGAAAGCAACACACCAUGCCCUGAUCUAAAAUAAAUUAAACAAUGGAGGAGGAACAAAGUGACGGACAUCUCUCAGGGUGAAAAGAGUUACAAAGACAUUUGAAACCACAGCGAGAGCCAUUAUCCACGAAUGGAAAAAAUAUGGAAUGUUGGUGAACCUUCCCAGGAUUGGCCAGCUUACCAAAAUUAAACCAAUAGAUCAUUAAUAACUCAUCCAGGAAACCAGAAAACAUCUGAAGCACUGCAGGCCAUCCUGCCUCAGUUAAACUCAAUGUUCAUGAUUAAACAAUAAGAAAGAGAGUGAGCAAAAAUGGAAUGCAUGAGUUCCAAGGCUAAAACCACUGCUGACCAAAAAAGACCCAAAGGCGCAUCUUACCAAAAAACGUCUUGAUAAUAUCCAACUCUUUUGGAAAAAUAUUCUGUAGACUAAUGAGACAAAACUGGAAAGAGAACAUCAUGCCAAGAGUCAAACAUGGUGGUCAUAGUGUGAUUAUAUGUGGCUGCUUUGCUUUUCAGGACCUGGACCACUUUAGUUGAUGGAGCUAUGCAUUAGAAAAUCCUAAAUGAGAAUGUCUGACCAUCCAUUUGUGAUCUUAACGUCAAGCACAUUUCCAAAGCUCACCAGCAAGUCCACCUCUAAAUGACUCAUAAAAAGAGGGUUUUAGAGUGUCCUAAUCAAAGCCCAGAUUGAUAUUCAACUGUGAUGCUGUGGUAUGACCUUGAAAACAUCAGUCAUGCUCAAAAGAAAACCUCCCAAGUUGGACAUAUUAGGACAAUUCUGCAAAAACAUGUCUUAAAAUCCCUCCACUGCGAUGUAAAAGACUCAUUACCAGUGAUUGCUAAUGCUUGAUGGCUGUUGUUGCAGCCGAAGGCUGUAUUUGUUUUACAACACAAUACGUUUCAAAUGAAAUAGCUGAUAGAGAUCGUACCUGGCAUGUGCUCAGAAAAGUUGAGAUCACAAACAAUUUUACCAUUCGUGGACGGUAAAUGUCAAAAAUAUUUCAGUAGUAUUAAGUAAACGGCAAUUCAUUUUGUAACAUGGCAG